AUGACACCAAUUCUUGCAUAUAUUAUUUUAGAAAAAAGUGUUAAUAGAAAGAAUAGCUUUUUGAUAAAUGGUCAACAAAUCAUAUAUGAAGAUUUGAAAUCUCAUGAAAUAUUAAUGCUUAAAUCAGUUGACAUUACUGAAA